AAGGUAAAGACCUUAUGGGAGUAGAGAAAUUCCAUGGACGUUAGUGUGUACUGCAUUAAAAUCGCCCAUUUGAGAUAAAUUUGUGGUGUUUCAGCUCCUCGCCCUACGCUCAGAAUCGUCUCUUCGAUAGUGUUUCACAAUAUUUGGUCUCUCAUCUAAGCACGACUAAAAGUCGAGUUAUCCUUUCAAGCCAUGGAACAUGUCACCUCGACUUCACCUAAUUGGGUAGUACAGUCAGAGAGUCAAAGUUCUGAAAAUGCAAAAGAAGUAGAACAAACAGCUCCUCAAGUAGAAGUCAAAGAACAGCCCCGCCCAGAACACCUUGAAUUUGACAAUUCCUCUCCUAGAGAACAAGUCAUUGACAAGGUUGAUAAAGAGAUGACAGAAGAAGCAGAAGCCAAUAGGGCUAAAAAUGUACAAUCAACAGAUGAGCAGCUGAACUGUGAAGACAGAGAAGUAAGCAUUGAAAAAAACCUGCUCAUGACAGAUGAUGGAGAAGGAGAUCUUGGAAAUGAUAGUAGAACAUCUGCAGAUAACCAAAAUACUGAAAAGAUUGAACAAGAAAAAAUCUCUGAACAAGAAUUCUCUAUGGCUGAAAAUGUAGCAUCACCAGCACAGCACAAUAAGAACACAGAAGAAGAAAGCAUUGAAAAGAGCCAGUUGAAAGCAGAAACAGAAGGUGAAAAUGAUGGCAAGGUGUGUAUUGAUCAACUUGAAGAAAAAAACAUGAAUAACAAAGAAGUGACUAAAGAUGAAACAAACUUGGUUGAAAUGGAAGCAUCAGCUGACAUACAUAUUGGCCACCAGGAGACCAGUGAAAAACCUGAAGAGAACAUUAUGGAAAAAAAAGAUGCUGAUGGUGAUGAUGGCACAUCAUCUACUGGCCAACAGGAAGAAAUUCCAAAACAGGGAAACAAACUGGUAGAAGAUGCACCAACCCAUGACAAACAGAUUGACCACCAGGAGACAGAAGAAAAGCCUCAAGGGAACCUUAUGGGAAAAGAAGAUGGGGAUGGUGAUGAUGGCAAUGAUGGCAGAGCAUGUACUGGACAACAAGAACUACAUAUGGUUGAGCAGACAGAAAUUCUUAAAGAAGAAAUCCGGAUGGUUGAAAGUAAACAGUCAACUGAAGAUCAGGAAAACUUUGAAGAAGAAAUAGAAGGCAUUGAACAGAAAUUAUCAGAACUAUCAUUCCAGGAAAUUGAGCAGAGAGGAGACGAUGCAUGCCAUACAGAGGCUAACGCUACAGAAAGUAAAGAAGUAUCCGAACAGGAACCUGAGGAACAGAAAAAUAUUCCAUUCCAAGAAACUUAUACUGAUGGAAACCAUGAAACGGAUCAAGAUAUUGUUUUGGAGAAUCAUGACAAGCCGACCCAAGUAAUAGAGGCAGUAUUGGAAGUAGAAAACGUUUCUGAUUUGCAAGCGGAACGAGAACAAGAAAAUCCCAUUCCUGAGAUUGAGAUUAAUGCAGCCCAAUGUUCGACCGAAACGGAAUCCGAAAAAGAUAUUGAAAAAGAACCAACGGUUUCCUCAAAUGUAGAGGUAGAUAAAGAAGAUAACCAUAUCAAUCAACCCACAGAACCCCUCGAGAUAAGAAAGGAAGAGAUAGCUGAAAAACCUGUAAGUGAAGAGCCAGUUCAGUCCUGCAAUCCGGUAGAAGAGGCUAUCUAUUCAGAAAUUGUGACAACGAGUGAAAUGGAAGAUCCGCCAGUAAACCAUGAUGUUGAAGUUAGAAGUCCCACACCUCCAUCAACACUACCUAUUGCUACAACUUCGCCUUCCGCUAAAGUGAAUACCACUCCGCCUGCUGAUAUGCUUCAUCAUAUCAAAAACAUACAGUUUAAGGACAAGAACGUAGGAAUUGUAACACAAAACGAGAACGGUCCUUGCCCGCUGGUUGCAAUCAUCAAUGUUCUGUUGCUACGACGCCAGAUCACUCUUCCAGCUCAUUCCGAAAUCGUUGCUGCCGCCAAACUGAUGGAGCACAUUGGUGAUGCGAUGUUGGAAAGUGUUCCUAAGAACUUGAGUGGGGAGGUACGACUUAAUUAUGAACAGAACAUGCAUGACGCCAUGGCUGUCCUGCCCAAGCUGCAGACCGGUUUGGAUGUCAAUGUCAAGUUUACUGGCGUUCGUGACUUCGAGUACACGCCCGAAUGCAUCAUUUUUGACUUGCUUCGUGUUCCCCUUUUUCACGGUUGGCUGGUCGAUCCUCAGGCACCAGAAGUAGUCUCGGCUGUCGGUCAAGCCGGAUAUAAUCAGCUGGUUGAAAAGGUCAUCAGUCAAAAGUGUUCCAACGACGAGAAUGCUGUACUUGAAGCCUUGGUUAUUGAAAAUUUUUUGGAGCGAAGCGCUUCCCAGCUGACUUAUCAUGGACUUAGCGAGCUUAUUACCUCAAUGGAAGAUGAUGAGAUUGGUGUGCUUUUCCGUAACAACCAUUUCAGUACGAUCUAUAAGCACCAAAAGGAAUUGUUGCAGCUGGUUACAGACCAAGGAUUUCUCGGUGAACCCAGUGUCGUAUGGGAAACACUUUGCAGCAUCGAUGGAGAUGGUCAGUUUGUUGAUAGUCAUUUCCGCACAGUGCCACCUAAACCUGAACUCGCACCAAGCGGCGAAUCAGCCUCUCCGAAUGCUUCUGCUCAACUGACCGCCGAGCAACAGAUUGACCAUGAGUUUAGCUUCUUAGUGGCCUUGUCUCUCCAAGAGGAGCAGCAACAGCAAGACCAGCCAGCAGCUGUUCAAGAAGAAGUCGUCGGGGAUGUAGGAGAGGAUGUUGCUAAAACAUUAACCGAAAAUGAAAGGACCUCCCAGGAACAGAGAGAUUUGGAGUUGGCUCGUCAGUUGCAACUAGAAGAGAGGCAUGCGGCCGAGGCUGAGGCCGAGACAGUCGAAAGAGAAACUUCAGCAGCUUCCUCGCAACAGUCACCAGCUACAGGUCAGCGCUCGCCGCCGCCUCAGUCAUCAAAAAAGAAAGAUUGCACUAUCUUGUGAUUUUCUCGUGAUGGAGUGGAAUCAUCUUGAAACGCCCAAUUAUAUAUUUUUUUUUUCGCUACGAAGAUAAAAGAACUUGAAUUUAAAUUGUCUUCUCUACACUGUUUCCUACUCUUAAUCUGGGCGAAUAGUCCAAAUUUACCUACUUCUUAAAACAUCUGUCAGUUCACAUACUAUUCAUAAGUUCUUGUGCUAGUCACAUGAGUUAUUAAAAUGACCAUUAUGAACGCA